AAUCUAGCAACUUUAUAUCAUCCACCCAUGGCCGCCCCAACUAGACAGUUCCACGGCCUCUCGAUCACCCGGGAUAUGCCAACGACGCGCUCCCAGGCGGAGCCGCACUCGGACGACAGCGAUAGCAGCGAGCGCCUCGAAAGCGACAGCGAAGACAGCGAAGACAGCGAUGACAGCGAUGACAGCGAUGACAGCGAUGCCGAGGAGGGCGACUCGGCCGCGUCGUCGACCAUCCGAGGCAAGUCCGGGAUCACUUACGAGCUCGCCAACCUUGAUUCCGACUCCGAGGCCAGGGCUCUUGUUGGGUUGACCAGCCAGUUCAACGUGGUCAGCUGCUGUGCGACACGCGCAGGGUUUGUCUUCCAAUUCACCGAGCAGCCUCGUGUCCAUCUUAGCUCGGAGGGGUAUACGUGCACCUGCUCGACCUUUUCAGGUCGACCCGACGUGGCCUGUCAGCACAUUUUCUGGCUCCUCGAUCAGCUGCAUGGCUGCCUCAUCCCUCAACCUCCUGCCUCCGACGUACCUCUGUCGAGCGAUGGACGUCUACCGAGAUUUGGGCGCAUGGAACAACUCCUGGCCGGCAAGCUGGAGACUAUCGCGGACCAGCUGAGCUGGCAGUAUGUCCGUUCCGAGGCCGAGGGUGGAAUGGGCCGCCAGGAGAUGGUGAGGGACAUCCUGUCUGCCUUCAGCACGGUGGUCCUCCCCGAGGACUUCCGGCUGGACCUCGUCGACGACGCCGGGCAGUCGCGCACCCCCGAGCAGUGCGUCGUACAGGGCGACUUCGAGGCCACCAUGUUCCGGCUCGCCGUGCACGACGACGCGGUCUACUCCAGCCUGUGCAAGGCCAUGCCCGUCGGCGCCUGCGCCGCGAUCUACUUCGACAAAGUGCACCAGAGGCUGCGGAAGCUGCUCGUCGACUUCGACCGGUACUGUCUGACGGGCCAGGCACCGACUGGGACAGCGGACAUGGACGUGGACAAAGUGAUCGGGGAAAUCCAAACCAGCGUCGAUCGCAUUGGGAAGAACAUCCUCGCCCGCGCCCCCCACGGGAUGGAAGGCGCCGCGAAAACCCUGAUCACGCUGCUGGAGGACAUCUGCGGCCGCAACAAGGACGCGCUAGACGGGAACCGAUGGGGAAGAACCUCAUUCCGCGGCGAGGACGAGGACCAGCGCAACCUCUUCCACCAGCUGGUCGGACGAGCCGACGAGACGAGCAAAUUCUUCAUCCUCGACGUCCUGCAGCACAUGCCGCCCUCGGACCUUCACCAGUUCCAGGGCAGGUUGAGGGCCAUCCUGCGCAAGAUCGAAGUCGACCGUGCCCCCAAGGCUUACAUCCUCCAGCUGAGUACACUGAUCCGUGCCGCGGAAUCUUCCACGGCCAAUGCGGGCCAGAAACGACCGGCUUCUGCUACGACUUCUCGGGGCGAUAGCAAGCGGACUCGCUGAGGCUUCAUAAUCGCGUCAUCGCGUCCGUGACGUGAUAACUUGUGCAUUCUACCGCUGAUACUUCCUCGAUCUAUCUAUCUGUCUAUCUAUCUACAUCCUAUUGUGUAUUGUUUUUUUUUUUUGGCAUUGGGCGGUUUUUUUUCCUCAAUACCCCAUACACCAGUGUUUUGAAUUGAAUUGCUUGCUCAGUGGACCCUUGAUCCGAAC